CUUCUCCAACACACCCUCUCGCACGCCUGGGCUGCGUUGGAUAAACGAGAGCCACACAGCGGGUCGUCUCUCCCGUUCCAAUCUGCAUCGGUUCGUCGAGCAGCGGCGGCGGUGCUGUUCUCUCGCCGGCCGGAUGUCUACCAAUGGCGUCGAGAUUAAUGGGAUGUGUGCUGCGCCCGGGGCGAUGAGCAGUUCUUUCUUCCCAGUGGAGUCACAGGAUUCCAUGAGCGUCCCAAACGGCGCUGUCUGUGCCGCCGGCUGUGCGCGGCCGCCUGUGGAUGCAGGGGUGGGUGAGGUGUGCUCUGAAGCCACCAGCGGCUGGACGCGCAGGGUCAGGGUUGGAAAAGCUCCCGAGGAGAGGGAGAUGAAUCCGAACAGGAUCUCAGCUCUGGAAUUGUCUGUCCGUGCUUAUGCAGAGAAGAGGGAUGGAACGGUUGUGUACCCGAGCAUUGGGGCAAGUUUUGACUCGUUGGAUGAAGCUUAUGAAUUCUAUAAUCUGUAUUCGUGGGAGUGCGGGUUUGGUGUUACACUUGCCAAGAGCAGAUUGAAUGUUGAAAGGAAGAGAUGCAUGCAAGAGAUUGUGUGCGCUUGUGCGGGGAAACCGUUGAGGGAAAACAGCCGCUCGACCAGGUGCGGAUGCAAUGCCAUGAUUAGGCUGCUGCGGUCGAACGACAAGGGCUGGUAUAUAGCAGAACACAAGGAUGAUCAUAACCAACCGUUGACGUUGACCUGUGGCCAGAAAAUGCAUUGGAAGUCGCAUAAGCAUAUAGACAGAUACGCAAAAGAUCUAGUCAAACAGCUGAGAGACAACAAUGUGGGGCUGGGGAAAGUGUUCAGCAUUGUUGGAAGUUUUUUCGGGACAGUGGAUAAAGUACCAUUUACCAAGAGGUCUUUGAAGACUCUGUGCCGAAAGUUGAAUAGAGAACAGUCUGACAUGGAUGCAGUCAAGACGAUGGCGAUUCUAGCUGAAAUGAAAGCUAACGAUCCUGACUUCAAUUACACGGUGCAAGUGGAUGGGGAAAGCAGGGUAAAGACACUAAUGUGGGUAACAAGCAGAGGUUUUGACCAGUAUAGGUGUUUUGGAGAUGCAAUCACAUUUGAUACAACUUACCGUACUAAUCUUUAUGACAUGCCGUUUGGGUUGUUUGUUGGUGUAAACUACCACUUCCAAAGCAUAAUUUUUGGUGGUGCCAUGAUGAGGGAUGAGAAGGAGGACAGGUUCAAGUGGAUUUUUAAAGAGUUCAUCCGUAUGGUGGGCGGGAAACACCCACAGACAAUCCUAACUGAUCAAGCACGUGCGAUGGAGCUGGCUAUCGAGGCUGAACUACCAAACACAGUACACCAUUGGUGCAAGUGGCAUGUUCUGAAGAAAGCAAAGGAGUCGAUGGGUGUGCUGUGGAGCAAGAACAGUGACUUCAAGAUGGAGUUCCACAAGCUAGUCCAUCACAUGAUCACAGAGGAAGAAUUUGAAGCUGGUUGGCAGCAGAUGCUGGAAAGGUACUCCCUGAAGAAGCAUCCAUUCUUGACGCAGAUAUAUGAGGUGCACCAUAAGUGGGCAAAGCCAUAUUUUAGAGGAGUGUUUUGUGCGAAAAUGACUAGCACACAGCGGAGUGAGAGUGCAAAUCACAUGUUGAAAGGUUACGUGCCGCCAGGGUGUCCUAUGCACCUGUUUUUGAAACAAUUUGAGAAACUCCAGUUUGACAGGGAGUCGGAGCAGAGCUUCCAGGAGAAGAGAACACUGCUGAGUGGUGUGUCGCUUAAAAAUAACCUGCCAUUAGAGAGGCAUGCUAGCAAGGUGUACACGAGAGCUAUGUUUGAGAAGUUCGGUGAAGAGCUGUAUAAGUGUGGUGCACAUGUAUUGGAUGAGAUUGUACCAAGAAAGGGUUACAGAUCAACACAUGUAGAUGCAGCAGCAAGAGAGAAAUGGAGUAAGGUUGAGUUCACAAUCGAAGUGGAUGAUGAAGAGAGUUUUUUCAGUUGUGAGUGCGGCAUGUUUGAACACGCUGGGUUGGUUUGUUGCCAUGCAUUGCAGGUUAUGGUCCACUUCCUCCUGUCGAAGAUACCAGAGAAGCAUAUAAUGAAACGCUGGACAAGAGAUGCAAAUGAUGUUCUCCCUGCACAUUUGGUCCGAUACCAGAAAGACAGAGGGCCUCCUUCCAGCGAUACAUUCAGACAUCACACAAUGUACACGAAGGCACUAGAGUGUGUGCUGCUUGGCGAUAGCAAUGUUAAGUGUUAUGAUGUUUUUAUGACCAUGAUGAAGGAGGUCCAAGCCACUCUGUUACCAUUGAGCGCCGAAAAGGACGGGAUGGGGCUAGCAGAAAGGGAGCACCGAAAUCAGGUUUUAGUUGAGGAGCACCCAGGGGAGCUUCAGGUAGAAGGUGGCAGCACAAGGCCUGCUUGUGAUGGUGAAACAAGUUGUUCAGGGAUCAUUGGGCAGCAGAAUAAACGCCCGAGAGGGAGACCGACAACUAGCCGAGACAAAGCUCCGUAUGAGCAACAGUUGAAGAGGUCAAGGUUUUGUACUAUCUGCAGGGGCAAGGGCACAAGUGCACCACUUGCCCUGAGAGAGGCGACGUGCCGAAAAUGCCAAGGAAAUCGCCGAAGUGUACAAAUUGUGGUGUGCUUGGGCAUCGUCGCAAUGCUUGUGGCACGAAGAAGUCUGGACCUUUUGAACCCAAGUUUCUCUGAGGAACUUAAUAUGUUGGUUGUGUGGAAACUGUUUUCAUUAUCAGGGAUGACUUAUUAUAAAUUUGUGAUGGGAUCGUUGACAUCGUGUUGACAAUUUAGAAUUUGUUUUAAUGCUUCAAAGGUUUGUUUCA